UAUAAAAGGCUUGCCGGGUCGGUAGAUAGAGCACAGUGAAUCUACACACUCCUUUCCAAACGCUUCGCAGUUCUAACGCCAACACAGAGAACAUCUCAAUCAUGAAACUGUUCAUCGUCGUUGCCCUGGCCCUGGUGGCCGCCGUCGCCGCCCAGGAUAAGUACACCAGCAAGUACGAUAACAUCAAUGUGGACGAGAUCCUGAAGUCGGAUCGGUUGUUCGGCAACUACUACAAGUGUCUGCUGGAUCAGGGCCGCUGCACCCCGGACGGUAACGAGCUGAAGCGCAUCCUGCCCGACGCCCUCCAGACGAACUGUGAAAAGUGCAGCGAGAAGCAGCGCGACGGUGCGAUCAAGGUGAUUAACUACCUGAUCCAGAACCGCAAGGACCAGUGGGAUGUGCUGCAGAAGAAGUUCGAUCCGGAGAACAAGUACCUGGAGAAGUACCGCGGCCAGGCCCAGAAGGAGGGCAUCAAGCUGGACUAAGGUGGAAACCCGGAAGUAACGCGGCCAUAAGGAUGGCGAACAGCGCUGCAGGCGCUUUCUAUACAUUUCUGCGCUUCCGACAGCAGGUACACAGCGUGUGUGUCCUUUCUGUCUUCCUCUUCUUCUACACCAUCCGGCUCCACAAGGACACGAUGGCCAGCGAAGCGAGGCAGCGGAGAGGGGGCGUGCUAAAACUGCUGUCCUAUUUCCCUCCCCACCCUCUGGUACACGCUUACUGAUGUGAAGUUGUGCGUGAAAGUUCCAUGCUUUGCUGAACUUACUACCCUACAAUGUGAUAUUGUUUGUUUGGUACGGGCAUGCCGUACUGCUGUAAAUGGCCAUCAUAGUGUUAUUAUGGUUUCUUCCUGUUUCCUUUCGGUUACUAUUGUUGUUACAUUAUGUUAUAUUCUAUACAUGUAAUGGAAAUUUUUGGCUCCAAACCUGACGGAAAUUCCAUGAAAAACAAGAACAGGAUACAGUCCUACAAUAAAUCCAAUAAGCAACACUUUCUAUACCAAA